AUGACAAACAAUGAACCGAUUCAGCCGUCGAAGAAUACCAGAGAAUUGGACUCAUUAUUAGCGAAGUUAGAGAACGACAACAAACUGUUGGCCGAAUUGGACGGCAAACUCAAGAAAGUCAACAAUAACUACAACGCUAUCCAAGGCUUGGAUGAUAUCAGCGCAGGUGGUAUCGGCGGCGGUGGCGGGAGUGGUGGUGGCGCUCAGGACCACAGUGUUUAUCAGUUGUCGACAUCGAUGCCUUCAUUAACCACAAGCUAUUUAUUUCAAACCUCUUCCCUGACGGACACCGGGGCCGGCAGUGCCGCCAAACACAGCAGUGGCGCCGGUAUGUACGCCAAGCCAUCGAAUAUGUCUUCAGCACAAAACGGCAAAUCAACGCAACAAAUGGUGAACCACGUGCUCCAUGACGAGGACAUGGACUACGAGGACAUGGAUCUACGGGAACUGGAUUUAGAGAGAUUGAAACAUAGCUUAUUAGACGACAACGACUUACUAAUUGUCAACACUAGGAGUACGCCUUCAAUAACCGCCAAAGACUUAGAUAAACUGAUGGCAAAGUUAGAUCAGGACAACAGAAUUCUGGCCGAAUUGGACCGCAAACUCAAACACGUGACCACCAGCGGCCUCAUCGACUCGUCCUACAUAUACCCCAUGUCUUCAUCACUGCCUUCGCUGAACACAGCCUCCCAUCUCAUGCGCUCAUCCCUGGGCCUCACCGACAGGAACCCGUCGGCCACCGCACUGUUGGGCCACUCGGCGAGCGGCGGACUCAUAGGCGGCUCAUCCCUGAAGGCAUCGCAGGCGGCGCAGCCAUCGGCCGCCCUGAACCUGAUGUCGAUGACGGGACUGAACGGCCAGUUAUCCGCUCACCAGCAGCACCAGCAGCAGAUGAUCCAGCAGUUCCUGCACUCGUCGCAGACGCCAUUUCAGCAGCAAAUGGAUGAACUGAAGUUAGCCGAAGACAUCGUCGACAGCAUUGAGAUACCAAACAGGGGUCGGUGUAAGGUAUACAUCGCCCGCUACUCCUACGACCCCUUUAAACAGUCGCCAAACGACAACCCGGAGGCCGAGCUGACGCUAAUGGCCGGCGAUUUUGUGCUGAUCUUCGGCGGUGUGGACGAGGAUGGCUUCUUCUACGGGGAGCUCAUGGAUGGCAAACGCGGACUCAUUCCGUCCAACUUUGUCGAGAAGCUCACCGGCGAAGACCUGUUCGAGUUUCAGGCGAGUGUCCUCUAUGGCAAUAAUAGGGACUCGGAGUCCGAUACGGCCAGUUACCCACCGGAGUUUUAUGACGCCAUACUCAACGAGCAGAUAUGCCACUCCAACUUCCAGCACCUAUUGGCUCCGGAUGACUUCCAUCGCAUCAACGAUUACAUCGAUUUAGAAGAUAUCACUGAAAUAGAUGAAGACAUCUCCGACUUGGAAAGGGCUGAAGUAGAGGCCGCUAAGAACACCGGUAUGUCAUUGGGAUAG